AUGUGGCUCGACCGCAUUUCAGGCCAUUCAACCCCAUCGGGAACCCCGCUCGAUAAUCGCAGUUACUCGCCGUCUCCUCGAAGAUCGUCUCAUCUGUCUCCUGGCCCUCAGAAUACUCGUCCAGGAUCUGGUCGUCAAGGCUCGUCCUUGUCUAUCCUAUUGACACCAAGUGACUCGAGUACCUCCCUUUCUGCGACUGCACGUGGAUCAGGUCUGAAACCAAGUGCUGCAAGGUCCCGUCCGUCAGAUGUUGUCGAUCCGCUUGAAGUACUAAAUGGUAUUAUUGGAAAGCACAAGGGCGGAACUUCAGAUGCAGAUGCCCCAAUUCAGGCUGCCGAGGUGAAGCCCACGCGGUUGGUGGAGACUAUUGAAUUUGGAAAUCUCAGUCUUGAGGAGUUUGUUACAAAGGAAGAUGAGCCAAGAAGGAUAGCCAACACCGAUGCUGGUGCCCAGACCAUCGAACAAUUCGAAAAGGAAAGAGACAAAUUCCAGGACCUCCACUCGGCUAUAACAGGCUGCGACGAUGUUUCAAAGUCGGUUGAAAUGUAUAUGGGCGAUUUCCAGAAUGAGUUGGGGGCAGUCUCUGCUGAAAUUGAAACCCUUCAAACCCGGUCUGUACAAUUGAAUGCAAUGUUGGAGAAUAGACGCAAUGUCGAACAACUUCUUGGGCCUGCCGUGGAGGAAAUAAGCAUAUCACCAAGGGCUGUCCGCUUGAUUGCGGAAGGGCCUAUUGACGAGAACUGGGUCAAGGCGCUGAAUGAAAUGGAUACCCGAGCGACAAGUAUCGAGGCAAAAGUCACUAGUUCAGGUAGUGCUAAAUCCGUAGAGGACGUGUUGCCGCUGUUGAGUGAUAUCAGAAAGAAGGCAGUCGAAAGAAUUCGAGACUACCUUGUGAGCCAGAUCAGAGCGCUGCGGUCUCCAAACAUCAACGCCCAAAUCAUCCAGCAGCAACGGCUUGUCAAGUUCAAAGACUUGUAUAGCUUUUUAUCGAGGACUCACCCAAAACUUACAGAGGAGAUAACUCAGGCCUACAUUAACACAAUGCGAUGGUAUUAUUCGUCUAAUUUUAACCGCUAUCUCCUAGCCCUCGAAAAGGUCAAAGUGUAUCCUAGUGAUCGAAACGAUGUUUUGGGAGGCGACCCAUCCACACAACGAACAGGAAACUUUCUCCCUGGCAGCCGACCUGCCGCUGCGGCUCAUGACCCGUUCUCGUUAGGGAGAAGAAUAGACAUUCUUCGAACGGGAGUUCAGAUGGCUAUAUCCUCGUAUUUGGCGGAGGAAGACAAUUCUUUCCACGGGAUCGAAGUGCCAUUCAGGAACUUCAAUCUAGCUCUCGUGGACAAUAUUUCUGCCGAAUACUCCUUCAUGACAGAGAUGUUCUCGACACUGUCGUUCCAUCAAAUAUCUCGCAAGGCCAUUCAGAUUUUUGAGCCAGUAUUUACUCUUGGCCAGGGUAUGACGAAGCAAUUGAUUGAAAAUACCACAGACUCCUUGGGCGUGUUGAUUUGUGUUCGGUUAAACCAACAUGCAGCUUUUGAACUACAAAGGCGAAAAGUCCCAGUUGCUGAUUCAUAUAUCAAUGGUGUGAACAUGCAGCUGUGGCCCAGAUUCCAGGUAGUUAUGGACGCCCACCGCGAAUCCCUCAAACGGGUGGCGGCAAACACUGGCCGGAGUGCAGUAUCUGCUCUUUCCUUGGCAGGAGGUGAUGACUUGAACCAGUCGUCGGCACCACAUUUUCUCACACAACGGUUUGGUCAGCUUCUGCAUGGAAUUCUAGUCCUCAGUAGUGAUGCCGGGGAUGACGAACCUGUCUCCAACAGUCUAGGCCGACUAGUUUCAGAGUUUGAUAACCUUUUGGCAAAGCUUAGCAGAAGUGGCGGCGAUGCCAAACGAAGAGAGAGAUUCCUUUACAACAACUAUUCUUUGAUCUUGACCAUAAUUAGCGAUACCCAUGGUAAAUUAGCAACGGAGCAGAAACAGAGAAUUAUCCUCUUCAGAUCUACGGACUACACCCCUGUACAGACCAUGGCUGUUAGAGCUUGCUUCUCACUUCCCCGGGCUCUUUCCUCACGACGCAGCUUCUGUAACACGCGAGCAGCCAGUGCGGACGUCACUCAUGCGGUCAUCGGGGCUGGGGUUGUAGGGCUCGCUAUUGCCCGGGAGCUGGCUUCGAGAGAUGGUACGUCGACUAUAUUACUGGAGAGACAUGAUGCCCCGGGGACAGAGACUAGUAGUCGCAAUUCAGAGGUUAUCCAUGCCGGGCUGUACUACGGAACAGAUACCCUCAAGACGAACCUCUGCAUCAAAGGAAAAGAGAUGAUGUACAACCUCUGCGCGAGACAGGGGAUCCCACACCGCAACACCAAGAAAUGGAUCGUGGCACAAAAUGAGGAACAAUGGGAGGCUUCUCUUCGGACCCAUGAGCAUGCACAGAAAUUAGGUGUUCCUACACGGAUACUCGGACGGGAGGAGGCGCAGAGGCGGGAACCUGAAGUCCAGGCGCUGGCGGGCAUCGUGGAAAGUCCGACGACAGGUAUCGUUGACAGUCACUCUCUGAUGACCUAUUUACACGGUGACUUUGAAGACCGCGGAGGUGACUGCGCAUUCAUGACACAUGUUACGGCUAUCGAGCCGUUGGAUGGUGGCAAGGGUGGUUAUCGGAUCACUGCUACGUCCGAGGAUGGCACUGAGACAUCGUCCAUCACGGCCGAGACGGUGAUUAACAGUGCGGGCAAUUUCGCCUGUUACAUUAACAACAUGCUCUUACCCCCCGAGCGACACCGCAUUCCUUGCUACGCAAAGGGGACAUAUUUCUCCUACUCUGCUUCGUUCCCCAAGACCUCUGUCCUAGUUUACCCUGCGACCCUGCCCGGGUUCGGUGGCCUAGGAACUCACCUCACACUGGACAUGGGAGGUCGCAUCCGCUUUGGUCCAGAUGUGGAAUGGGUUGAUGACCCGAAUGAUCUUAAACCCAGUCCGGCACGGCUACAGCAAGCUCUCCCGGAAAUCAAGGCGUAUCUUCCCAACGUUAACCCAGAGGCCAUCGACCUGGACUACUGUGGUAUCCGACCCAAGUUGGGACGAGGCGGAGCUGUGAACACCGGCAAGGGAUUCCAGGACUUCAUCAUCCAGGAAGAGGAAGGGUUUCCUGGUUUCAUAAAUCUGCUAGGAAUCGAGAGCCCUGGACUGACGAGUUCAUUGGCGAUUGGGGAGAUGGUAAAGGGUCUUCUUUAUCGGUAA